AUGACUCACGACGCCUUCUGCAAUUGGCUCCAAUCAGACACACGCUCAGUCGACCAUGCCUACCGUGCCAGGGCUCGUUUAGCCCACCGUCUCCAACCGGCCAGUCUGGCCAUGGAUACAGCCGCGAAUGUCGUCCGAGUAGUUGGGCCCUUGGUAGCUGUCUGUCAGUGUGUGCCUUUGAAGAGCUACCGCUCUUCUGCCUCUUCAAAGCCACACAUACACAUCCGGACACGCGAGUUGGGCUUGCGGGGUUGUUCAAAAGGGAUCAUUGCUUCAGUCGUUUUGUCAAGCAGAAGUGUGCACCCACGAGCACAGCCGGUAGCGCACAACAACAGACUAACAGACUAA